GAAAACUUCCCCUGCCGUCAUGGAUUUUCCAUUUUUACUUGCCUUUAGCUCAUUAUGGUACAGUACUUUCCUUUUUCCCUGAAGCAGAAAAAAGAACAGAAAGAGAAACGCUUUUAAGUUAAUAUACAGCCAGGUGUCAGUCAUAGAAGGCUCCACACUCUGUCGGUUGCCCCGGCAGCCGGUAACGCCAAGCCACCUGGCCUUUUUCUCCCCGCUACCAUUUUAGCCUUGAAAGUCCCGUAUACAAAUACCACGUCCUCCAAGUUCUCGAGGUCUUGAACUCUUACCAAAAAGGAAAGACUAAUAAAACUGCAGCCCCACUUAGCCACUUUACACGCUCCAUGCUCAGAAACUAUAGACCGUCCGACACCGGUCCUCACUCGCACCAAUUUUUUCCGGUCGGUUGCUUCCGCCUAAACCUCAGAAAAAGCUGCUCCCAAAGAGAUCUUGAUGCUUCCAAUAUCAACCCCAAAAUCCCCUUGUUUUCCCAACUCCAGCACCCCCAUACCGUCCCCUAAAAAACCCCAAACCCCCGAACUCAGUUCAAUCGAACGCAAAAACUCCUCCAACUCUCUCCAUUUGCAACCUUAUAUCUUUCUACCUAGCCAUCACCGCUUAUGGCUACUCUUUUUCAUCAUCUCACUCCAGAUAAUCCUCCUCCUCAUGGCUCGCGCCCUCCCUUUCUCCCAUCGCCGAACCCACUUCCCUUCCCCUUUAUCCGCCGAUCAUCACCUCCUCCAAAAUUCGGCUAACAUUUCGUCAACCCUUUCCUCUUCCUCCCACAACCUACAAGCUGCCGACAUUUCGAUUUCGUCCACUGUUUCACAACCCGACCAGUGUUCUUCCGGCCGUAUAUUCGUCUACAACUUGCCGGCUGUUUUCAACAAAGAGUUGUUAGAUAAUUGUGCCAAGUUGGACCCAUGGCAUUCACGUUGCGAAGCUUUAUCCAACGACGGAUUCGGGAGAAAAGCCACGGGAUUAUCUGGCAUCAUACCGAAGGAUUUACUCCCAGCAUGGUACUGGACCGACCAGUUCGCCAUGGAAAUUAUUUACCACAACCGUGUUCUAAACCACAAGUGCCGCACGAUGGAACCCGAUUCCGCAACGGCGUUUUACAUUCCGUUUUACGCGGGCCUCGCCGUGGGGAAACACUUAUGGUUCAAUUAUAGUUCAAAAGAUCGUGAUCGUUACUGCGAGAUGAUAUUGAGUUGGGUGCAAGAUCAACCGUACUGGAACAGUUCCAACGGCUGGGAUCAUUUCAUGACGAUGGGGCGCAUCACAUGGGAUUUCCGGCGGUCCAAAAACGAAGAAUGGGGCUCCAGAUGUAUUUACAUGCCAGGUAUGAGAAAUAUCACGCGCCUUUUGAUUGAACGAAACCCCUGGGACUAUUUCGACGUCGGUGUGCCUUACCCGACUGGAUUCCAUCCCAGAACGGACUCCGACGUCUUGCAAUGGCAAGACUUCGUCCGUAACCGUGACCGCAAAACCCUUUUCAGCUUCGCCGGAGCGCCACGUGGCGCCGUCAAGAACGACUUCAGAGGCUUGCUGUUGAGCCAUUGCAAGAACGCGUCGGGGUUAUGCGAGGCCGUCAACUGUGCGAGUACCCGCUGCUCCAACGGCAGUUCCGCGAUCCUCGAAACGUUUUUGGAUUCCGAUUUUUGCUUGCAGCCGAGAGGCGACAGUUUCACCCGCCGGUCAAUUUUUGACUGCAUGGUGGCCGGUUCGAUCCCGGUUUUUUUCUGGCAUCGAACGGCUUACCUUCAGUACCAGUGGUUUUUACCGAGUGAUCCCAAGAGUUAUUCUGUUUUUAUCCACCGUAACGAGGUAAAAAACGGGACAUCUAUUAAAAGCGUGCUUGAAAGUUACAGUAGAGAAGAGGUGAAAAUAAUGAGGGAGAAAGUGAUCGAAUAUAUUCCUAAGUUAGUUUAUGCAGAACCUCGAAAGGGUUUGGAGAGUAUAAAGGAUGCAUUCGAUGUUGCCAUUGAUGGAGUAUUAAAUAGAAUUGAGGAGCAAGAGCAGCCAGGAUACAAGUGGAAAUGAUUUACAAGGUGAGGGUAAAAAAGAAUGGACAAAAUAGGAUUAUACCCAAUAUAAAGGUUUUCAGAGUAGAAUUUCUUUUUAUUUAUUUAAUUUUUAUAGAAUGUGAUAGAGGCAUGUCUAUUCUUUCCCACAUUGUUGUAAUUUGUAUUUUUGUACACAUAUAAUAAUAAUAACAAUAUAGUAGUAUUUUUCUUUUUCUUUUAUGGGAUGUAUUAUUUAUGAGUUAUUACGGAUAUAACUUUUUGGUUGGAGAGAUGUAUGCCAGAGAUUCAGUAUUAUUACUGGUGCAGCAGUUGGGGAGGUUUUACAGUUGAAGCUGGGUAGUGCUUGCUGCUGGCCUUUUUACCAGAAGGAUGAGGAUCGUGUAAUAAUGAGGAAGGACCAACAGGUUUGGGGUGGUCCUGUAAUCUUUGGCUGGCUGGAAGCUUAAGGAGGACUGGGCCAAUACUGAUGGGUGGAGUGGGACAAGCACGAUAAGCAUGCAAGGACAACUGAGAUUUUUGGGAAGCACGUGUAAUAUGAUUUUUGAGAUUUCAUUUCAUUGCACCAUUAAAAAUUAUAUAUAUUUAAUUUA